GGAGUGACAACAGUUCCAGAAAAACCAAAGACACCAGAAGAAUAAUAUUUGGCUGGAAACACAUGACAAAAUGUUCCUAUCAGAUGGUGACAGCAAAUAAAGGUGGUGGAAACUUUGCUUUAGACGUUCCAAAACAAUGUUUAACCUGUGAAUUAAAAGAAAAAGUUGUGGAACAUUACUUUCCUUUGGGGAGAAAUAAAAUACAAGGACUACAAAAAGAUGAUCUUCAAAUGUUUUUGGCUACUUUUACUGGUGACAGAAUUGAAGAGUGCCCUGUAGGAGAUGUCGUCAAGAAUUUGAAAACGUCACCAUUAAGACUGUAUCUUCACACUUGUAAAAAGGAGGAAAUUAAUGUCCUAGAAACUACAGAUUCUGAUGCAACAGAAACGACAGGUACUGGUGCUACAGAAACGACAGGUAUUGGUGCUACAGAAACGACAGGUAUUGGUGCUACAGAAACGACAGGUAUUGGUGCUACAGAAACGACAGGUAUUGGUGCUACAGAAAUGACAGGUACUGGUGCUACAGAAAAUACAGAUACCGUUACUAGUGAAACUGAGCAUGUCGACACAGAUGAUUCUUAUAUAGAUGGUGGUACUCCAACGAUUCUGUUAAGACGCAGGAACAGACUGUCACUGAGCCAGCGAGGAACUGACCAGCAAGAAUAUAGGUCACAGUUGAGUGAAAUCCAUCAAGUCAUUGAAAUUGAAGACAGUGAAGAUGAAGACCUUCAGGAAGCUCUCCUACAAAGCCUUACAGAGGAGCAUAAUUCUGGGACUGUACCUGUGUCCACAGACAUGCCUGAUAUAAAAGAAGUUUUGACCCAGUUCCAAAUUAAAGCAGUUGAUGAUGAUUGUUUGAAUAAACUAUUAGUGAUGAGAACUAAAAUACUUGACACAGCAUUGCGAGGUCUUGAUCGUAAAGCAGUAAAUCUCAAAGCAAGACUGUUUGUUAAAUUUACAGGUGAACCUGGGGAGGAUCAGGGCGGGCCACGCAGGGAGUUUUUUAGGCUGGUAAUGAGGGACUUGAGAGAAUCAAUGUUUUUUGAGGGACCCAUUGAAGAAAAAGUCUUCUCUCAUAAUCUAAUUUGCCUUGAGAAAGAUCAAUAUCGCCUGGUUGGACGAGUAGUCGGAUUGUCCUUGGCCCAGGAUGGUCCGGGUAUGCAUUUCCUGUCACCGAACUUGUUUGAUUUGAUGGUUGGGCACCAUACAGACCUAAAACAGGUGGAAAAUGUUCUGUCUGAGGAAAUAAAACAAAUGAUACAGGAAUUGAUAAAUGCUGACAACUGUCAGAAGACAGAUGUUUUUCUUUCAAAAUACUGUGACCAGCUGUUAGAUUUUGGAAUAUCAAAUGUGUAUAAAAUGGCAAAAGAUGACAAGGAGGGACUAAUACAAAUCAUUAAAAAACAUCAAAUAUUCUACAGGACAGCAGGUGAAAUCUCUCAAUUUAUCAAUGGGAUGAAUGAUGUCAGUAAAGCAUGGGAAAUGGUCAGCACUCAUGCUGCCAUUUUCAAGCCUAUUUUCUGUUUCCAAACAGAGGAAAUAACAGGGGAGGACUUUCUCAAACUCUUCAAAAUCAACUUUAGUGAGACUGGGUCCAAUCAAAGACAAUCUGAAGAAAUCACAGUUUAUGGCUGGGAAGCCUUUCUUCAGUCAGUUGAAGCUCUUGACAUUGCAGUUACGUAUCCUGAGAUUCUCUCUUUCGUGACUGGUGCUGACAGAAUCCCACCUUGUGGCUUCAGUAAAUUAAUAGAUAUAGACUUUUACUCUGAUGUUGGUCGUCUACCAUCAACUUCAACUUGUGCACUACAGCUUUGGUUACCAAGAGUGACAGACCCUGAUCAUAUUACAUCUGUGAUGGUCAAGGCUAUUAAAGAAUCCUAUGGAUUUUUGAAAGUUUAAACUAUCAGUGAAGCUAUGUUUAGCACAGUUUUAAUUCUUUAUAUUAGUGAUUAAGGUCUGCUUUGAAGACUAUUCAGAUAGGUAAAACUAAAAUACAUACUGAAACUUAGGGCUGUGGGUUCAAACCCCAGAAGGGUCAACUUUUUAUAAUUUAUAAAUAUAUAUAUAACUUAAGUUCCAUUUUGCCAACAAUAUUCAAACUUCAUGGGAUGAAUGUCUAUAUUAGGUAGAAGACCCAAAUUGAUUUUGUGGUCACAAGGUUAAGGUCAUUAUUACCUUAAAACUCAAAACAGUUUCUGGAGCAUGACUUAAGUUCCAUUUGGCCCACAAUAUUCAAACUUCAUAGGAUAAUUGUCCAUAACUCAAUAACUUAUGUAUUUAUCAAUCUACUGCUGUAAAAUUUUAUAGGAUGAACAGCCAAGUCCAAUACAUGACCCCUGUUGAAUUUAGGUUCAUAAGGUUAAUGGUCAGGGACACAAUGAUCUUUACACUGAAAAUAGUGGUUUCUGUAGCAUAACUUAAGUUCCAUUUGGCCCAAUAUGUUUAAACUUCAUAGGGUGAUUGUCAGUAUUGGGUAGAAGACCCCUAUUUAUUUUGGGGUCACAAGGUCAAAGGUCAAGGUUACUAUUACCUUAAAACUGAAAACAGUUUCCGCUCAAUAACUUAAGUAUAAAUAAACCUACAGCUGUAAAAUGUUUUAGGAUGAACAGCCAUGUCCGAUACAUUACCCCUAGUGAUUUUAGGGUCAUAAGGUCGAAGGUCAGCAUCACAAUGAUCUUUACACUGAAAACUGUGGUUUCUGGAACAAAACUAAAGAUCCAUUUGACCCACAGUGUUCAAACUUCAUAGGAUGAUUGUCAAUAUUUAGUAGAAGACCCUUUUAAUUUUUGGAUCACAAGGUCAAAGUCACUAUUACCUUUAAAACUGAAAACGUUUUUGGUCAAUAUCUUAAGUAAUUAUCAACAUACUGCUGUAAUUUUUUGAAAGAAAUGUGCACAAGUGACUUAAAAAUAACUUUAAUAUAAAAUGUCAAGCUCAAAAACAACAGCUUGCUGAAAAGUCAAGUUCAGCACUUGAAGUUUCAUGCAUAUUCCUUAUAACUGUGGAUAAACCAAAAU